CCAAAAUCUGUCGGCCACGUGUAUGGAUGCGCGACCGUCGCACUCUCAACGUCGGCAGUGCUACGUUCGACAGCAAGACUAAGAUUGGCUUCAUACACAUGUACGAUGGGCCGGAGGUAGAACACUGGAUGACAUCCACUUGCGCCUGAAAGGGCCGCUCUCUAGUCAGGCACUGCGACUGUCUGCAUGCUAAAGGGCAACGCUGUUGCACGCACCGCAGCCACAAAAUGGAAGUUCUGGUACCGUGGAACGGCCAUGCAGAGCAGAACCAAGGCGACUUCCACUCGGACCACCGCUCACAGCAGCGCUCACCGAACCGCAUCAAAUCUCGCCCUGCCAAUCCAAAAGUCCUCACGUCGAUUAUUGAUUCCUUCGACACCCUCGCGCCAUUGCCGCCGGGCAUUCAGCCACACGAGCUCUUCUCCGAGACAGCCAGCCAGCAUUCGCGCGCAGAAUCGUCGAGGCGGUCAGUGGCCAGCACGGCAUCCAUACACAAGCCCAGAGAAACUCCCGGCUUCGGAGUCACUUAUGGAGCAGAUCUCGAAUUGGACGAUGUACAUGGCCUGACCGAUGCUGCCCUCCCGCCGAUCAUUCCAACAUCAAGACCACCCUCCGGCUUGUCGCAUCGCAGGGCGCAGCGCCCGAAUGCAAAGAAGCCUCCCACCAUCCUCCAUACCCCGAGCUCUCGGCGAAGCUCCGUCGGCGUUGCAUCUGUGGAUCGUCCAGAGAACAGCAGGAACAAGUUGAGCUCGGAGAGUUGGGUGAGGAGCAAGACUUCGACAGUCGCCGAUGAUUCGGUGAGCCUGAGAGGGAGGGCAUCGCGAAAGCAUCGUUUGCGGCGAGUCGGGUCGCAGGAAAAGCUGAGGGCGGAAGACGCGAAUCGUUUGACGAAUGAAGCAUCAUUCACAGAGAAACGUAUGUCUCUUGCCGAGCAAAUCAUCGCCAAAACACCUGCGAAACCACCAGCUCCUAAACCCAACAGGCUGUACCUGAACGACGCCACGAUCAGCGAAGCUCCGCCAACCGACGAGCGCCUGAAACUGCUGCGGACCAAUUCUUUUGGAGAGCGGAGCGAGGGAGGUGACAGCAGAGUGUCCAAGGCGUCUUCAGAGCGACGACUUUCUGUGUAUGGUAACGCGUCGUUGCAGAGUCCCAGCCCGAUUCAGGACUCCAUUCCCAUGCGCACAUCGUCUCUGCGUCACCCGAGCAGGAGUCCAGCAGGCAAGCGAAAGCACAAAAAGUCCAAGCGCAACGCUGCAUCUUCCAGCAAAUCUGAACGAAUGCCUUACAAGCCUUCCAAGUCUAUACCGGAUGAAAAAUGGGCAGACCUUGGCGACGAUGACGAGACUGUCCGACGCAUCAAAGAACUCAGAGAACAACGAAAAUCUCGUCAGGAGGAGUCAACUUCUUAUCCUCCCUCGGUCGAAAACUCUUUGGCGCCUUUGGAGGCAUCUGAAUCACAGCAUAUCCCAGUUUACGAGCGGUCAGCUCCGCCUCCCGAUGAAGCUAAGCGAGGGUCGAGAAAAGCAACAACAGCCAAUCGCAAGCCUAUAGACCCUACGAAGGCGCACACGACUCUGGGUAUCAGGGGUGAUGGGAUCCGAUCUCUAGAUUUGAAUGGACCAGCUUUUACCGCCAACAGAGCUGCUUCCUCUGAUCCCAGUAGCAGGAACGAAAAAUUUUCUUUGGCUGUAAAGCGACCGCAAUCGGACUACUACAGACCCGCUCCAUCGCGGUCAGCAGAUCAUUCACCUGCCGGGCGUCUAUCUUUGGAUUACUCUUAUGCCCAAGCGGUCGACUUGUUGCAGGAAGAAGAUUUGCAGCACGCGCUUGAAAGGGAGCGAUCACGAUCACGAUCACGACCUGUAGCGCCCAAUCGCAGUUCAUCACUUGGCUUGAAAGCACCGGAACUUCCACCUCCAGAAAGGCACCAAUCUACCCUGGCUGUUCCACAGCACGCUAAAUCGACGUUGAAGAAGAAACGCCCCCCUCAGGACCGGUGGACAGCCCACCACCCAGAUCUCCCGCUGGCUUUCGACAAGAAAAAGAAUCGCCGGAAGUCUAUGAGUGAUGCUCGUUUGGCGCGACAAGCAGACGAUGUUUCCGACUCACCGCGCAGAGACAGCAUUGAAGAUGCUGUAAUUGAAUAUUUGAGCGCGCCGCGUUUGAAUCGAAAGGUCAAGCACCCGUUAACUGGCCGAACCAUUGCUUUUUCCGAAAUCGGAGAUCCCGAGGGAGCUGCAGUGUUCGUAUGCGUCGGCAUGGGUCUGACUCGAUAUGUAACGGCCUUUUAUGAUGAACUUGCAAUGACUUUGCGAUUGCGCUUGAUCACUCUGGACAGGCCAGGCGUGGGUGGCAGCGAACCGUAUCCUCCAAACGACAAGACUGGACCUUUAGGCUGGCCUGAAGAUGUACUUGCGAUUUGCCAACAUCUUGGAAUUGUCAAGUUCAGUAUUUUGGCUCAUUCGGCAGGCGCAAUUUAUGCACUUGCCACAGCGCUGAUUCUUCCUCACUUGGUCCGAGGCAAAGUCCAUCUACUCGCACCCUGGGUACCACCCAGCCAGCUCGAGGCAAUCUCACAUCCAACAGCAUCGGCACCUCCGGCGAAUCCAUUGCCACGCAGUCAGCGACUUCUACGCGUACUGCCAACACCUUUCUUGAAAGCUGCCAACUCAUCAUUCAUGACGGCAACAUCAGCAUCGCUAAAGCCAGCAUCAAAACGGAACGUCAAGUCUACUGCCAAUAAGUCCUCGCCUCGCAGGGCCACAAAUCCUCCUGAGAUGCAGGAGCAGAAACCCAACAGCCGGGAUCGACCAGAGUACAAUCGUCGAGAAUCAAUGAUGCUCAUGGACCGGUACAUGCCCGCCACGAAUCCUACUGACCACUUCCCAAUUCCAGUCAAGGAGGAAGAAGAACACGACCAAUUUCUCAAGCGAGGCUCUCUGGUACUCUCAGCCACUUCAGGUCCGAUGGACCCAGGUUAUCAGCAGGCUUCGUCUGGUCUCAAUGCCGCCGAACAUGCCGAGAAGGAACGGCAGAUGGAGUAUACGAGUCGUCUGACGCAAAUGACUUGGGAUCUCGCCACUCGAGAUAGCAAUCCCGCGACAGAUCUUGUGGUUUGCCUCGAGCGACAUCGUGACGUUGGCUUCCGGUACACGGAUGUCGGUGCACAGGUUGUCAUCACACAUGGCAGUGAGGAUAAGAGAGUCCCACUUGCGAACGUCAAGUGGAUGGCAGAGCAAAUGAACCGAAGGGCUCUUGGGCUUGAUAGUCUCGGAGCUGUCGCAGUUCGGGACAGCUGGGUUGAUACUGGCCGUGGGGGUUGUGAGGUCCGCGUUUUGGAGGGUGAGGGUCACGGACUCAUGGCUAGUCCUGUAAUCAUGGGCGACGUUCUCACAGAAAUCGCCGCUGAGUGGGCUGGACAGGGUAGAGGGAAUCAUCUAUGAUAAGAUACCAGGAUUUCUGACAGGAGGUGGUGGUUGGCGGAAUUGAUUCUAGGAAAUUUUGAGGGCAAUGUGCUUCAAAGCUUGGAAGUGGAAUUGGAAGUGGAAUGGUGAGGUGGUGCAUUGUGAGGCGUGCCUGUUGUAAGAUACCCAAUGGCGCUACAUCAGGCGCUUAUUAGUUACCCUAAUAUUACGACGACUUCCCUAUCUUGU